CUUAGAUACCUACAUCCACAACAAAGACUCACACACAUACAUCGGUGACCCACCCACGUUCACAGCAAGCAGCGCACUCCAACACCGCUCAACGCCGCAAACACAACCCAGCCAGCAGCAAGCAAGCACCAGGGAUAACGCAAUAGCCGGCCCGGGGAAGAUUCGAGCGAAACUUCCAAUCACGACCCUGCUCACCCACCUGAGAUCAGGACAGUCUCGGUCCAUUGACGACUGCAUCUCGGUCUUGUCUUGUCUUUGACCCACUUGUUGUUUGCUUCUUGCACCGACUACCCCCUCCUCCAACCACCACUAUGAGCGCCCCUACCGCCGUGUCCAACCCGCCCACGGCCAUCCCUAGCCCGUUCAAGUUCGACCCCGUCGAGGACGCGAUCGCGGCCAUCCAGAACGGCGAGUUUGUCGUCGUCAUGGACGACGAGGACCGCGAGAACGAGGGCGACCUCAUCUGCGCCGCGUCCAAGAUCACCGAGGAGGGCAUGGCCUUUUUCGUGCGCUGGACCAGCGGCUACAUCUGCAUCCCGAUGCUGCCUGAGCGUCUGGCCGAGCUUCGCCUCCCCGCGCUCACGGCCACGACGGGCUCGAGCGAGGACCCAAAGGGCACAGCGUACCACCUCACCAUUGACGCCAACGGCGCGCGCCACCCCGUCGCGACCGGCAUCAGCGCGCACGACCGGUCGCUCGCCGCCCGUCUCGCUGCCUCUGGCGCCGGCCCAGAAGAGUUCACCCGCCCCGGCCACCUCGUCCCCCUGCGGUAUACGCCUGGCGGCACGCGCAAGCGCACGGGCCACACCGAGGCGUCGAUUGACCUGUGCUACCUUGCUGGCGAGCCCCCCGUCGCGCUCCUCUGCGAGCUCGUCCACCCCACCGACCCCAGGGGCACCAUGGCCCGACGUGACGACUCGUGGCGCUUUGCCCGGGAAUGGGGCCUCAAGAUCAUCUCGAUCGAGGACCUCCAGGCCUACGUCUCUAGUGAGAAGGGCGCCGCCGUCCCCUCCGCAUGAGCGGCUGGACUGUGACUGGAUCCGGAUCUCAAUCACCCACCCACAUCGUUACAGCAUCGAGCAUCGCCUGUUGUCGCUACGACGUAAUCCCAACUCUACCUCUCAAACCCCCCACGACGCGCCAUAGGAGCUAAUGUACUUUGUUCUUGACCG